AUGAAAAAGGAGUGUGUUUCGAGAUCUUUCAAACUCAAACAAAACCCGGGCUCCCUCUCGCGUGCUGUAAGCUGGAUAAAUUUCUCCUCCUUGUCAAGGCAGACAAAGAGAUUGUUCCGCAGCGAUGGUGAACUCUCCUCCAUGUGCGUGCAGCAGGUAGAUGAGGAUGACGAGAACUGGACCUACAGGAGCCAUCAGAGAAAAGCUGUUUCCAACCUAGAUGAAGAGAGUAGAUGGACUGUGCACUACACUGCUCCAUGGCACCAACAGGAAAAUGUCUUCCUGCCCUCAUCAAGACCACCCUGUGUGGAGGACCUGCACCGCCAAGCCAAGCUGAACCUCAAGUCAGUACUGAGAGAGUGUGACAAGCUGAGGCGGGAUGGCUACCGAAGCUCGCAGUAUUACUCUCAGGGCCCCACCUUCUCCUCGUCCUCCAGCGCAAUCUGUGGAAGUUACCAGGAUGAUUAUGAAGAAAUUGAACAAAAGUGUCCUGUCUCUUCCCCAGAAGAAGAAAAGCUUAUUACCAUCAAAAGGCCUAAAACUCCAGUUUCAAAUGAGUUAUCAGAUAUCAACACCCAGACCAACUGGACUAAGUCACUCCCACUGCCAACGCCAGAAGAGAAAAUGCGACAACAAGCACAGGCAGUCCAAACAGAUGUGGUUCCUAUUAAUGUGACUGCAGUUGGCACUGCCCAAAGCGAUUUCCGAGGGCAUUCGAUGUAUGUCCCAGAUCACUGUUCCACGCUAGGGAGACUAGACAGCUACCGCUCCGCCGUGCAGCGCUCUGAAACCAAGGACACCAGCUGCCAGACGGAGGAAGUUAAAGUUGUGCCCCCUUCAAUGAGAAGAAUACGAGCGCAGAAGGGACAAGGCAUCGCAGCCCAGAUGUCUCAGUUCUCCAGCUCAUCUGGAAACAUGUCAGUGAUGAGUGAUUCUGCUGCAGUUAUAUUUGCUUCUCGCCAAAAUAGCGACAUAGGUUUUCACAGCUUGCCUCGGGCUGGUGCAAGAGUGUCUCUGCAGUCCCUAGAGCAGACACAGAGCAUCUCUAGGCAGACAGAAGACGUCGCUGGCACUUUACCCCACCAGAUAAGUAAAUUGCAAGUGGAUGAUGGUGUUGCGCAUCUGAGGAACAAUCCCACGACGGGGACCCUGUUGAGGCCAAAGUCUCAAGAGGUGAGAAGCUAUGACAGCGAGAACUCCGCAGGCCCAGCAUGUGUGGUUUCUCCUCAUGCCACCUACUCCACGAGCAUCAUACCCAAUGCAACACUGUCAUCCUCCACAGAAGUUAUUGUUAUUCACACUGCCCAGAGUGUUGGAUCGUUGGAUAGUAAAAUUACUAGCUCCGCUGCCUACCCAAAGCCAAGAGACAAUCCUGUUGCCAGCAGCGCAGUAAGUGGGAAAGAAGAUCACCAUUCUUCAAGUGGUAACUGGAGCGAGAGCAGCUCCACACGUCACUCACAGACUUCAGAUACCAUCCCAUCUAGUACUGUCGUGAUGCUUUCUCUUGGUGACUCUGCUGUCUCUCUUAGCACUCCUGGAAAUGCAGAGACUGGGUCUCAGAGCGUGAGCUACAGCUGUAGGAACAAUCUUGCUUUACCAAACCCUUCCCAGGACAGUGAUGGUAGGAGUGAAUCUAGCUACUCAGGGGAGCGAGCACAAGCAGCAGUGAACAGCACAGACCAUUGGCUCUACAAGUCUGCAGAAAACAGUGAGACUCCUUCACGCAAGGUGGUUUGUACCACACCAGGCUGUGCCACUCCUGGUAGCAACCUGAGGAGCAGCAGCCUGGAGAGGACUUCAGCCAGGGACGAUUCUACUUCUCUCUAUUCUGUGGACCACGACGAGUAUUACAGUUCCGUGCUUGUGGACUCCAGACUGAAGUCAGACACGCCAUGCGAUAGUACUAAUGGUUUUGGGAAGCCCAGAGACAGCGUGAUAAAUGUCUUUGAAGGAAAGGAGAAGAAACAUCAGGAUGACCAGACAGGCCAAGGUGACAAAUCCCUUGCAAGAAACAUCUCUCUGAAAAAGGCAAAGAAGCCACCUUUGCCACCAUCCAGAACAGACUCACUCAGAAGGAUGCCCAAGAAAAAAGCCCAGUCCAAUGGACAGGUACUUGAUGAAACCCUCAUUGCCACCCUCCAGCAUUCUCUGCAGUUGAAUCUCAAGUGCAAAAAUGGCAGCUCCCCUUCGCAGAGCCCUUGCAGCGAUUAUGAGGAUCCCUGGGUGUUGCGCUCCCGCAGCCAAAGCUCGGUCAGUGCAAGCAGCAGCAUGAUGUCCACCACUGCUCCAAACCUGUACUCCAUCUGCACUGUCACUCCCUCUCAGAGUGAAACGAGUAGCAUCAAGUCGGAGUACGCUGACCAGUGGGGUUACUACAGCGACUAUGCCGCAGCGGCAGACGACCAGGUAAAGUCCCCAGUGACCCAUUCUGCCAGCACAUCAUCUGCUCUCAGUGAUUACAGCGUCAGCCACUUCAGUGAUGGCUCGAGGGCUUCUGUGCCACAAGUGCCCAGUGGACCAGCCAAACCAAAGAGCGCUUCUCCGGAGAAAUCCCACCGAGUCACAUCGCCGUCGAGUGGGUACUCCAGCCAGUCCAACACACCCACUGCGCUUACUCCAGUGCCUGUACUUUCAAAAUCUGCAUCAUCAGGAAAUGGGAAAUCCAAGCUGAAGCCAAAAGUGCCUGAAAGGAAAUCCUCUCUUCUGUCUUCAGUCUCCAUGUCUUCAUCUUCCACUUCUCUCUCUUCAAAUACAUCUACUGAAGGGAGCGUGAGUGUGAAGAAAUUGGACCCCACCCUGAGCUCUCCUCCGGAUUCUGGUGCACCUCCUCUGCCACCCCAGCUUCCAGCACCUCCCAUGCAUUGCCCCGAACUUUCUCCUCCCCCUCCCCCUCCUCCAGCAGAAAACAUGGAUCUCUCGCCAUUGCCAGCCUCUCCCACAUUCCCCCCUCCUCCACCAGAAGCUGAUGUCAGUUCUUCCUUCGUCCAGACUGUCCCAUGGUUUCCACAAGAGGCCUCCAUGAGUUCGUUCUCUUCCUCUGUUCCUCCACCUCCUAGUUUCCCCUUAGCUGUCCCACCACCAGCACCGCCUCUUGAUCCCAAACUAACAAAAGGUGCAACAAUAUACCCACAGUAUUCUUUUAAGAAACGUAACCAGGAAGAUUCUUGCUACAGUCCAGUGAAGCAGCUGCUCAACAAACAAGACACAUCGAGACCAGUGAUGCCCUUGGUAACCACCAAAGCGUUGCAAAUGGUGCAGCUGAGGUCUGUGAAAAAAGCCACAGAACGUGAACCACCACCUGAAUCUGCUUCUGAAGCCACCUCUCAGGAAAAGGGUAUUGUAGAUUCAUCAUCACAGUGUUCCCUAAAGCCAUCUCUCUCUCUCAGGCUCAGUAACAGCUUAGGUGAAGAGGAAAUGAAAACUCAAGGCACUUCAUUUAAAAACUCAGUUCAGACGCUGGCUCGGGGUUCUCCUCUCGUUCUCUGCGAUAACACACCAGCGCUUGACAGCAAUCAAAAGCCUGCGAGUACGGUAGGUCUAAACAAGUCUUUGGAAGCUGAUUCACUGGGGACAGCUACAGAAUGCACACCUGAGUCUUCGGUGCAGAGUGACGACCUCUGUUCUGGCAUGUCACUUCAGGGGUCACCAGCAUCUCCCGACAAGGCUCCGGUUGUAUUACCGAGCAAGAAACCACCUCCCAUUUCAAAGAAACCCAAACUGUUCCUCGUUGUACCACCUCCACAGUUAGAUCUUACAGUGGAAAAAAUAGCUGGAGUGAGUGAUACUGUCAGAAGCACAUCAAGCCCAACUAAGAGAGACGCUGUGCUUGCACACUGCGAGGAGGCGAGAAAUUGUCUUACAGAUGGACUCAGUUCUAGCGAGAUGGACUCUGGCAGCCUGGUUCCUGAGGGAGGAGCUGUCGGAUUCACCUUCUCCGAGACCGUGGGAGCUAAUGCCUUUGUGGUACAGCCUGCUGCAUCACCAGUUCAAGAAGAACCCAGGCAGGAGGAGCAGUCCGCUUUCGACGAAGGAAGCAGUUCAGGCAGCAGCCAGGACAGCGGCAGCAACGCUGACGGGCACCUGUCUCAGGAGAACGAAAGUGUGGAGGUGUUUGAAUCGGAUACAGCAAACGGCUCGUUCCUGCCGAGCAGUAGUUAUGGGGAAGAUACGGACGGAGUGGCAACACCAGCAAGACCAAGGACUACUGAGGAUCUUUUUGCAGCCAUUCACAGAUCCAAAAGGAAAGUCCUUGGCCGUAAAGAUUCUGAAGACGACCGUACCCGCAACCAUUCUCCAUCGCCCCCCGUAACUCCCACUGGUGCUUCCCCAACCUUAGCUACCCUCAGACAAGCCGGAUCGAUUCAGAGAAGCGUUCGCAAGAGCAGCACCAGCAACGACAACUUCAAAGCCCUGCUGCUGAAGAAAGGGAGCCGCGGUGACACCAGUUCCCGCAUGUCCGCAGCAGAGAUGUUGAAGAACACGGACCCGCGGUUCCACCGGACAAAGGCGGAUGCCUCCCCGGACCUUUCCGACAGCCCUGCCAGCUGCUCACCCAGCAAGAGCAAACGGGCCCAGGAGGAGUGGGCCAAGAGCGAGGGCCUGAUGCCAAGGAGCAUGUCCUUCUCUGGCACUAGGUACGGCCGGUCACGAACGCCCCCCUCUGCUGCCAGCAGCAAGUACAACGUCCGCAAUCGCAUCCAGAGCAGCCCCAUGACCGUCAUUAGCGAAGGAGAUGGGGAAGCGGUGGAACAGUCAGAGGGCAGGGCCCGAAGGACUUUGGAGGAGCAGCAGGAGAGGCAGCUUGAUAUGUUCAACAGUGAUGAAAUGGACCUGAAUGACUUUCCAUAUGCUGAGGAGGCAGGCUGCAAGGAGACCUUGGAUCCAACCCCUCUGGACUUAAUGACAGAGCCAGGUACUUCGAGGAAGUAUCUAAGCCCUUCAGCUGAAGACAGUUAAAAGGCAGUGACAAAAGCAUUGGAUAUUAAUCUAGAAAAUGACAGAGGACUAGAUUCCAGAAGAAAGCCCAGACCAGGACAAGUUUACUUUGCUGAGCAUUUACUCCAUGAACUGCAUGUGUGUGUUUAAAUGCUGAAGCAACGAUAGUUCUGCAUGGUUGGGUUGGGGUGG